UUUUUCCACGGAGUAAUUAAGGCCUGCCUCAGAGUGAGAGAGCACUCCCUGCCCAGCUGCAUAAGGGAAAGCUGACUGAACUACCACCACUGCCACCAAGCAUGAAAUUCCUGGGGACUGCCUUCUUUUUCCUUGCUGUACUCUGUGUUUGCACUGUAGGAGACGAUGACGUUUCAACCUCUAUUGUCAAUUCAAUCCCACCACCAACUUCUGCACCGACAAAAGCUGUGAAAUCUGCGUCUACAACAUCUUCACAAAUAUUGACAGCAUCAGUGCUGGCAACAACUACAGUCAGAACUACAGAUGAAAACAUCACAAACAGCUCCUCAUCUUCUUCACCUAAUGCUACAUCAAAACCAACACAAGGUACAACAAAACAACCACCAGCAGUGACUACAGCAGCAAAUACAAGUCUCAACACAACAAACACUACAAAACCAAGUGAAACACUAUCAGCACAAAAUGAGAGUUCGGAUGCUGCAUCUACUACGGGACAGUCUCAUUCUACGGUCUCUCCAGCGAGAAGCACUUCUGCUUCUGGAACCACAGGCCUUCCCAUGAACUCUCCAACAAAUUCAACAAAGCCAACUUCUGAAAGUCCUAAAAGCAGUUCUGGAAACCAGACAGGGAGUGAUGUCAACUAUUCUAAUAUUAUCUUGCCAGUUGUCAUCACCCUGAUAGUCAUUACCCUCUCUGUCUUCUCACUGGUGGCUUUGUACAAAAUGUGCCAGAAGAAAACUCCAGAGAGACAAGAGAAUGGUGCUGAACAAGCCCAGUCAGAUAAAGAAGGAGUCAAACUUCUUUCUGUGAAGACAACUUCUCCUGAGACUGGAGAGCACUCAUCUCAUGGGAAGAAUAAAACUCGGCAAUUCUUCACAUCUCAGCAAUAAAUAUAUGUGAAGCAGCCUGUUUUAUCACAAUAUGCAGGAACAUCUCACAAAAGUUGUGUUUCAAUGGGAAAUGAGGAGAAGUUGAAGCUUUUUACCAUCAGGACACUUGUGUUAAUGACUAGGCUUUGACUUCUAAAUAUCAAGCAUCUCUUUUCCCUUCUGGAAUGACAUGUAAUUUUUUUGAUGGCUUAAUUACUUGUAUAUCAUGUAUAUUUAUUAUUUUCACAUAUAGUAAAAGCAGGGAAACAAGGUUGAAGAGAAUGUAAAAACAAGAAGGAUGAAGAUAAUGUAAAAACUUGCAUUUGAUGUUUGCAUAGUAGCUACUGAAAAUGUUUUCUGCACACACGGGAAGGAAUAUGUCAGCAUAUUUUGUUGAAUUUAUGGUAGCUAUGGAUCUUUUAAUUGUAUGUAGCAGAAUACAAAUGCCUGGACCCUGAAACGGGACUGGGCAAACAGCCACUAUGAAAAUUAAUUCAGUGAUUUGCAUGAGACUCCUCGCUGUAGCACAUGCUUUGCUUGUCACAAAUGUUUACAGGGUGGGAUACCUAGCUGAGAUGCUGAAGUGUGGGCUUCUUUUCUGUGAAGGGAGGAAUAUACCUUGCACUGAGGCUCUUUGAAAUUCUGUAAAUUACUGAAUAUAAUCCUUGCAAUGUAGCAGGCAAUAGUUGGUUUUCACCUUGGCUAAUUGCAUUAUGUGUGCUACAAAUAUGACUCCCAUAUAGCCUGGGGCACACAGUGGGAAUCGGCAAGGUAAGCAGUUUCAGAGAUGAACCUUCUUCCCUGUGGUCUGAGUAAAGCAUGAGAUUCCUGUGGGUUACUGAAUAACUCUGGAAGUUCAAAGAGUGUUUCAAGUGCUAAUUACAGACACUCUUAAUUUGUACAGAGCUGGCAGUUCCAAAAUAUCAAGUAGUGCUUCUACCUGCAUGUACCCUACAUUUCUAGAACUAUAAAUGUUUGAAAGUUAUAUUACUGUGAGCAUCUGCUCAGUCUCAAUCCACUGACUGUAGCAUUCCAAGAAUUACCUUUUUUUUUUUAAUUGUGAAAUAGAAAGAAGACAACUGACUAAGUGCAGGACCAAGAUCCAGGACAAUCAUCUAAGUUUUGAUACUUACUGAUACAAUGCUUUUAAGGAACUUUUCAAUUUCCUUCUCUGAAAUAUUAUAACUUUGGUGAGAGAUUGAGCAGAUUUAUUAGUUCAUGUCUAUAGACAAUUCUGAAAAGUGUUAAUUUCCCUAUGCUUGGCCCUUGCUCUUACUUUCAUUUUGGUGGGUCUGAUGAUCUUCUUUCUUGGUGGCACCAUGAGAGACUUUUGGUGAAGCUCGACAACAGAUGGAAAACAAACAAGUGUCCAUGGUGCAGCUGAACUUGUGGUUCAUUCAGGUAUUUUUGGAUCACUUGUGUUCCUCAGGAGCAGAGAAGUCUUGGAUGUCUACUUUGGAAAAGUCAGGCCAUUUAAAAUAUGCUAGUUGGCAUCUGCAACUAUUCUGGUUCCUGAUUGAUGAGGUUUCCUUCAAAAGAAGUAGUCAUUGUGGAUUUUCAUGUCAAUUAAAAACCCAAGGUAUUUUGUAGUGUGUUGUAUCAUAGUGAAAGGACAGUAGAGAAAAGCAGAGAAAUAUUGUGAAAUAUCUGUUUGUGUUUUUGUGCAAAAUCUGUUCAGAAACUACCAUGUUGUAUCAAGAAAAAGAAAAAUUUACUGCCUAUUAAAAUUUGUUAUCUUUA